AUGAGCACAAAGGAAAAAUUACUCUUUAAUCAUUUUUUAGCUUGUUAUAUAUAAAUUGUAUUUCAUAUGGGUUCAUCCAUAUUUAUUAUCUAUUGUGUAAAGUGUCUUUUGGUGUCUUGAAUGGUGCUCUACAGUGUAAAUUAAAAUAAAUGGUUAUAAAUGGUUAGUUAAGAAAUAUAUAUGAAUGGAUACAUUUAUGUGUACAUAAUCAUAAAUGCAGCAUCCCAGCAUUGGGCAUAUCAGACAUGCACGUUUUGCACAAACAAAUAAAUAAUUUACAGUGGGAGAAGAAGAUAAUGGGAGACAGAUGGUUCACAAUAGGGUCAGAAUUAAGUGGCACUCCACACCUGGUGCUAAUCAGCCAAUCAAUGAUAGAGAGAGGAACAGGUGUUUGUCUCCACUUAUCAUUGGGAUGAGAUUUGUCGAGCUUAUUAAAGUUUAUCAUAAUGAUAGAUUUUAACUAUGUUGAUACAGUUGAUUCUGGAGAAUUGCAGCUUUUCCUUUUCUAUGGGAUUUUUAGAUAUUUAACUGUGUCAUAUGAGUGCAGGUUGGUUAUCGCUUCAGGGGUCCAAACUGGGUUGUCAUAGCCUACAGGAGCUUACAACAUGUAACAUCUGCAUUCACUUCUUUCUUUUUUUUCACAUUAUUUAACUUUUUAAGUGAACUUCUUAUUCAUCUUAUCGUAAUAUUUUUUAAGCAUCUAGAUGUUUGCAUUCCUGACGUCAAAUUCAUCUUUGUGCGCACCUGAGGAAAACGAGCCCAGUGCGUGCGUGUCUGUCCCUCUCUUUGUCUCGCGCUCUCUCCCGCUCCUCUCACCUAUACACGCGAGCGCCUGUCUAAAAAGCUGCGUCAGAGUAAAAAAAAAAAAGACAGAAUCAAACUGUCAGUGAGUACUUAGUGUGCCGAGUAUAACAGCCAUUGUGUUGCGGAUAAGCCGGCGGAGGUAACGCUCCGCGGCACACAGGCUCGGAGACUGUUGGGCAUGUCGCGCAUGACCGCUUCAUCACUGCCACCUUGAUGAUUUAUUUCACCAUGAGCGCGCCGAACAAAUCAUCAGAGAAAAGAAUUGGCUCGAAAAAUAAGCUGGAAAAGCUAUUAAAGGAAAGAAAAGGCACCUUUCCACUUCUGACCAAGACGUCACGACCGGAGGCCUUCCCUCACCCUCACAGACUCCCAGCAGAAGGCAACCGUCUUGGAUCAAACCGAUCCUGCUCACAGAAGUUUGGCCCUGGUGUAGGGACCCUGCCUCAGCUUGAGCCACCGGUGGUCCAGGUGGUGGUCAGCAAUGCCAAAAACCAACACCAGCAGUCGGACAACAUCCUGCCCCAAAUUGCCAACAAAGUGGGCCAAAACAACUACCAGACACACCCAGAUGAGAGGCCGAAGCAUACCCAGCAAUUCAGCAUGCGUAUUGGUGCAGCAAUGGAUAAAGUGUCCGUCUCCCGCAUUAGCAAGGUUGUCAGCAACAAGCUGGAGAAAGAAAAGGAAUAUGAGGGACACAAGUUACCCAUGUCCCCCAUAGAAGCACUGAAGAACUUCCAGGACCGGCUGACGGAGUUUGAGCAGGAGGAAAUCAUGGACUACGCAGAGAUAUGGUUCCUUGGUCUGGGCUCUCAGAAGAUCGAGGGUUCCCAAGGCACACCGCAGAACUGUGGAUAUGAUGACGAGCAUGGAAGCUACGUCAGGGUGCUGCAUGACCAUAUUGGAUACAGGUUUGAAGUGCUUGAAGUGAUUGGGAAAGGCUCCUUUGGGCAGGUCCUGAAGUGCCUGGACCACAAGAACAACGAACUCGUAGCCAUUAAGAUGAUACGCAAUAAGAAAAGGUUUCAUCACCAAGCUCUGGUUGAGCUGAAGAUCCUGGAUGUGAUCAAAAGGAAAGACAAAGACAACCUCCACAACGUCAUCCACAUGAAGGAGUACUUUUACUUCCGAAAUCACCUCUGCAUCUCCUUUGAGCUUCUCGGAGUGAACUUGUACGAGCUCAUCAAAAAAAACAACUUCCAGGGCUUCAGUCUGGCUCUCAUCCGUCGGUUCACCCAUGCUCUUCUCAGGUGCCUGCAGAUGCUGCACAGGGAAAAGAUAAUCCACUGCGACCUCAAACCGGAGAACAUCCUUCUGUCUCAGAGAGGGCCAGGGAACAUCAAGGUGGUUGACUUUGGAUCAAGCUGUUAUGAACAACAAAGAGUGUACACCUACAUCCAGAGCCGCUUCUACCGCUCCCCAGAGGUCAUCCUGGGUCACCCAUACAGCAUGGCCAUUGACAUGUGGAGUCUGGGUUGCAUCCUUGCUGAACUCUACACAGGCUAUCCUAUCUUCCCAGGAGAGAGCGAAGUGGAGCAGAUAGCCUGCAUAAUGGAGGUUCUUGGGAUGCCUCCAAAUGAUUUUGUUCAGUCAGCUGCGAGGAGAAGGCUGUUCUUUGACUCAAAAGGAAACCCUAGGAACAUCACCAAUAGCAAGGGGAAGAAGAGGAGACCCAACUCCAAGGAGCUGUCAGCAGCGUUGAAAACGAAUGACGCUUUGUUCUUAGACUUCAUCAAACGCUGCCUCACUUGGGACCCGACCAAACGUAUGACUCCAGAUGAGGGGUUAAAGCACGAGUGGAUCCUGGAGGGAAAUUUCAACAAAGUCCGGCCAAGAACCAAGCCAACAGUGAAGAAGGUCUCAGACAGUUCGACCAGCAAGCCUGCGGAGAAGGUCAGCUCCGAAAGCAGCGCUACUGACAAGCUGAAGAGAGACGGCACAGCAACAGCAACAAAGAUGGCCACUGCCGAGCGUCUGCGGCCCAUCGGGGCCUCAGCGGAGGAGGAGGUGUGUGAGAAUGAGGGGAAGCUGUCCACAGAUACCAAGCAGCAAGAAGGAGGUGGAGAGAGGCCCAUUCACAUUAUCAUCAAGCCUCAAGAGGAAAUGGGCACAGAGAGAAAAGAUAGCCAAGAGCAGUCUCAGUGUUUGCCCCCUAUCUUAUAACAGUCAAAGGGGAAUCGUGCUGCGUUCAUGACAUGUGGGAACUGUUGUUUAGGCUCAGUGUCCCACUCCCCACCUGAGAGUGAUUGAGAUGGUGAAGUGGAAGUAAAUGGACAGCGAAAAGAAAGUGCCAUUUGUUUGGCCCUGCACACAUAGAAUAUUUAAAGAUCCAUUUACUACGAAUACUACCAUGUUGUUUCUGUGUCUACACGACGUCACAAAAACAACAUGUUGGAGACGUCUGAACCAGAGGAAAAGUCUCAGUUUCUGAGUUUCAAGUCGGAAUGAAGUGGAUGUUUUCAACUCAAAGGUAGGAAGCAAACCAGUUCCCAAAUGCCGUGAACACAAUAUAGAUGUAUGGAGGGGACACUAUGAUCAUCAGCAAAGAGGGACACCCUCUAUUUAUUGUUUCAAGUAUACAGUCAUAGUGUAUUUUUUUAUUCUGUGAAACUUUGGGUUUGUAUGACCGUGAAGUUAAUUAACCAGUUGUACUUUUUUUUUUUUUUUUUUACAAAGGACUUAAGGUGCAGUUGCAGGCAUUUUGUUUAAGUGUGUCGCAAUUGAGAUACCAAGCUGUCUGCCCAUGUUGACUAUAGAUGAUUUUAAAAAACAAAUUCAUAGUUCAGCAUCACCUUCUCCACUGUCUCCUGUAUUAUCUAUUGAACCCAAUUUUUGCUGGGCAUUGAAAUCUUUGAUAAACAGGUUAUACCAUAACACUUUUACUUUUCUCAUUUUCCAUGUUAAAAAACAAAGUAGUACACACUGCAUGGUUAUAAAAUGUAUCAAAUAUUUGGUUUUGCAUUUUAUUCUUUUUUUCUUUUACACAUUUAGCAUAACUUUCAUAAUGGUAAAAUAUUUUAAGAAGUGUGUGCAAUAAAGGCUAAGCCAAAAUAUGUUUUUUUUAAAUCAUUUUAAAGAAAUAAUUGUCGUAUACUUUUUAAUUGCAGAAUUCAGUUGAUGACAUUGAUUAUUAAUGAUUUCACGUGUUUAUUAUGGAAUAUGUUUGAUCUUAUGUUUCGUAUUUGUUUAACAAUUUAAUUUAACAAUCACAAACUAUUUAAUUGUAAUAUAAUUUAUUGUAUAUAUUUUUGCUGUAAUUUACUGCGUAUGUGUAAUACAGAACACAUGUUAAGAAAAUAUUUCAGAUAUUUUUUGAGGGUUUAGACAAGGUUUUACUUGUUGUGUUGUCACUGUAUGAAAAUAUUUUGUAUGUCUAUUAUUCAUAACAUUUUUUAUUUUAGAAACAAAAAGACAAUCCAGUUAUUGAUAGUUCGUGCCUUGCAGUAUUAGAAACCUCGCACUUUACUAUUCUUUGUGUACACCUGGAUUAGAAACCGUUGGAUUCUUACCCGUCAACAAGGGUUCAGACUAGUCUGCCAGAAUCCCUUUUAUUUGACAAAAUGAUGUCCCGUCUAAUGUUACAGAACAUACCAUCUUUUUACAAUGGAUUUAUGUCUUAAGUCGCCAACAGAGAUUCAAGUUAGAUGUGCAAGACCGGUGCCCUCACUAUCUAUUAGCUAAGCAACACGCGAUCCCAAGAGAAUGGAUUGCAGCUGAAAUAAGAAUGGUUAUGUUGUACACGUAAACAUUUGUAUGUCUCUUUGUCUUUUAUGAUGAAAUAAAAGGUUGUUUUAAAGAG